UGAUUUUAUUAGGUUGUUAUUUGGUUCGUCCUUUAUCCGGAUGAUUCACUCAACAGCACCGAAGUAACGGUGGAGAGCUUUGUUGCAAAAUACGUCGUGCGUCCGCGAGACGUUCAUGGCGGGCAGCACGGCCGACGAUGCGCUGGGCCGACGGCUGCGCCGCCAACUCGGAUCGUACGCCCACGACAACAGCGGCGAGAUGAGUACCACGGCCAUCGGUCUCAUUGCGAGUGUGAGUACGUUGGUGGUCCUCGCGCUGUUGUUCCUGGCAUGUCGGCUGAGUUCGCGGUUGCAACAGCGGCACCACGCCCUGCUGCGGGAAGUUCGACGGAUCCAAGCGACACGCGCCGUCAUGGAACGAAGCAACCAGACUUCGUAUCAGUUUGCGUACGACAACGUGAGCGGGGUCGCGGGUCAAGUGCAGCUUGCGCACGACGUGCGCUUCGACCCGUCGUUUGCCCACACCCGCAUCCCGCAUCACGAGCUUUACAACCUUCGUCUGGUGGCGAAACGCUCGGGCACGGUGGUGUUCCAAGCUAUCUUCAACAACAUGGACAUCGCCGUGAAGCAGUUGUUGCCGUCGCAGUGCAACUCGCUGUUGAUCGUGACCGACUUCAUGCGGGAGAUCCGACUCGCGGCCACACUCGAGCACCCCAACAUCGUCGGAUUUAUCGGGCUAGCGUGGACUGAAGGCGCGAGUCUCGCCGACCUGUCGCUGCUCACCGAGUUUAUGCCCAACGGGGAUUUGACGGGUUUCUUGGCGUAUGAAAACAAGACGCCAGUGGCCGACCGCCGCUUGCGGCCAACGUGGGAAGCAAUGACUCCGCUGGCUACCCCCAUGAGUUCCAUCCGCUCGACGUUGAGCGGACACUAUCAAUCGAGCCGCCAUCGCAUGCGCCGCGAACUGCUGGAACAAGGCACGUCCAAGGCCAGUCUCGCGGCCGAAGUAGCUGACGCACUGGCGUACUUGCACUCGUUUGAACCGACGGUCAUCCAUCGCGACCUCAAGUCCAAGAACAUCCUGCUGAGCCGCACGUGGAAUGCGCGGUUGAAUGACUUUGGCUACAGUCGGGUCACGAACCCGGACGACCUCAUGACGAUGAACGUCGGCACGAUUGCGUGGAUCGCGCCGGAAGUUCUCACGGGCGGCCGAUACACGGAGCAAGCCGACAUUUACAGCUUUGGGGUGCUCCUCUCGGAACUGGACACGCUGCAAGUCCCGUACAUCGAACUCACGCGCGAGUACAUUGACGAACACCACCACGAACUCUCGAGCGACUUGCAUCACCCGAAGGUCAAGGCCAAGGCCAAGAGCCUCAGCAACGCGUACAUUGCCAUGUCUGUCGCGGAAGGAAGGCUGUCGCCGUCGUUCACCAACCUCAUUCCCCACGAACUGCUUGUGCUGGCGCGGGAGUGCCUCUCCCAUGCCCCACAGAACCGACCCACCGCCAUUGAGCUAUCGUACCGCCUGCGGUCGUUCAUCCUCGGGGUGUAGAGUCCAUGUGUCUGUAGACCUAACUUAAUCCAUGCCAAUUUGUUUUUCA